AGCUUCAUUCUGCGGCACCAUGUCUACAAAGAGAAGCGAUGGCAACAAAGCACUUUUCACUCCCGGUCCAUUAAACUGCACGCUGUCUGUGAAGAAGGCGAUGCUUCGAGACCUCGGUUCACGCGACCUAGAAUUCAUACAGACAGUGAAGGAAAUCCGCCUUGAGCUGCUGCGGGUGGCAGGAGUCGGAUGCGACGAGUUCACUGCUCUUUUGCUCCAGGGUAGUGGAACCUAUGCCGUCGAAGCUGUUCUGCACACUGUGCUUCCUAGAUCCGGGGGAAAGAUUUUAAUUUUGGUGAAUGGCGCCUACGGUCGCCGGAUGCAGAGCAUGUGUUCGUACGUGCCAUCCAUUGAGGUGGUUGUGCUGGAAUUCGGCGAGGACGAGGCGGUUUGCGAGGCGCAGGUGGAAAAUUUGCUACGCGAGUCGAAAAUCGAAUUUUCAGCUGUGUGCGUCGUCCACUGCGAAACGUCAUCUGGCGUAAUCAACCCCAUCGAGUCGAUCGGGCGCGCCGUCAAACGCCAACGACCUGAGUGCGUCUUUGUUGUCGACGCCAUGAGCAGUUUCGGCGCCGUCGAGCUUGAUCUGCGAAGCGCCGGCGUUGACUUCCUCGUCAGCUCGGCCAACAAGUGUCUUCAAGGAGUGCCGGGAUUUGCUUUUGUGAUUGCUCGCACCAAGAAAUUACUGCUGUGUCAAGGCAACGCACGUUGCUUGAGCUUGGACUUGUUGGCGCAGCACAAGGGACUCGAGGGCGACGGCCAAUUUCGUUUCACGCCGCCGACGCACGCUCUUCUCGCCUUCAGGCAAGCCCUGAAGGAGUUUUGGGAUGAAGGAGGACCCGCAGCGCGAGCUCAUAGGUAUAAGAAGAACUGCCAAAUUAUUCAAGACGGAAUGAGGGAGUUGGGCUUCAGGACACUGCUCGAUAAGAACAAGAAAGGCGCCGAUGGGUACAUAAUUUCUAGCUUCCGCUUUCCUGACCAUCCGAAUUUCAACUUUGAGGAAUUCUAUAAAAACCUCAGCGCACUUGGGUUGGUGAUCUAUCCAGGGAAAGUGACUCGCGCUCCUUGUUUCCGAAUCGGUCACAUAGGAGACCUGAACGCCGCCGACAUGGAGCGGCUGAUUGCAAGCAUCAAAAUCGUCCUCAAAGAGAUGAAAGUCGAAAAUCUUGACGCCAAAGAAGAGUGACCAAGCACAUGUUUUAUUUCAAUAUAUCUUUAUUAUUUACCCAAUAAAUAAAUAAAUAAAUUAAAAAUAAAUAAAUCAAAAUAAGU